GCUUUUUUCUAAUGAAAAAUAAGUGAAAACAAAGGAAAAAUCUGAAAUUUUUUUUUUUUUUUAAAUAUUAAAAAAGAAUUUUGAGGCUAAAUCAUUACAUCGUCACGAAAUGUGUAUUGUAUAUCGAUUUUUCGUUCGGUUGAAACUGUCAGAAUGUGACAGAAUGGCUAAGUAAACACAGCGUAUGCGUGUAGUAUGCAAAAAAAAAAAACGCAAGUAACACUAUUUGCUAUGUAUUUACAUUGUAUUGUGUGUGAAACGAGCAAAAUCAGCAUCAACCAAUUGAAAUCGACACAUUGUGUUGCAUGAAAUAGACAGGGAUAGAGCAUACCAAAACAUUGUACUGAUUUUUUGGGUGCUGUGUGUUGUAUACAUAUUAUUUCCUUCGUUCAAAUAGAACAGACAUCGAUUGCUUUUUCUUGUAUGGAGCGGAGCAAGCAUUGAAAGUGUGCGUUCGGAAUAUUGUGUAUAGAUGGUUUUUGUGGUAUAUCGUUGUUGAAAUUGGUUCUCGCCGAAUCAAAAACAUCGACGUGGUGAAUCACAUCCAUAUCCACUACAAUUGUCAACAAUCGUUUGGAAAUUUGAGCGAAACAUAUUAUCGAAAAACAAUAGCCAGCCCGUGCAGCCAGCCGAUACCAAGUUUUGAAUUACGUACUUCUGACUUUUUCUUCUUCUUUUAUUGGAUCCUUUACUUUUGGCUUGGCAAAUUCAUUUCGCUUAAAGUGUAUUGUGCAGUGCUUCACUAACAUUCAUUUGCCUAUCGACGUUUCGUUUGCUUCGCUGUUGCUGUUUAUAGUAAACAAAAUUUGCAUAGAUUUUUCGUUCGUCGAUUUUCGUUGCGGCCCGAAAAUUCAUAUUGAAAGUGAAAUCACGGAUCGAAACCAAAACAAAUAAUUAGCAAGUGUUGAUUGCUGAUAACAAAAACAGAAAUAAAAACCGAGUGAUAUUUUUUCCGACCGCAACCGAUUUGAGUAAUUUUCGUCGUUUAUCAUGGACAUUCAACUUUAGUAGUGGAUUCUCAGUUAGAUUCAAAGCCAUCCAACUGUAAUAAGAAUAGUCGUCUGUCGUCGUUUGCUCCGCAUUGAACGUCAUUGUGGCAUGACACAGUGUUGUAGUGGGUGAUUGGUUGCAGCAGCAUUUUUAUGAUGUUCACAUCGCUGAAGAAUAGAAUUCGCGAGGAGACUGGUAACGACGUUUGUGCAUCACAUCCGGCAUUCACGUCGCAUCGUCGCAACUCGUUGAGUGUGAACAAUUUAAAUAACAACAACAACAACAACAUUAUCAUCGAUACAAGUCAACUGGGUGCUGUCAAUUCAAAUGGCACCGCCGCAACGCUCAAUAAUAACCAGCAAUCACGUUUCACCGCAAACAUUUCACCAAUCGAUCAACUGAACGCCGUCAUCGCACAGAAAAACGAUGAAAUCAAUCAAUUGAUCGAAAAACUAAACGAAUCGGAUGCAACGCUUACCAAAUUAUCCACUGAAUGCAAUGAACUGGCGGCAAUUAAGGAUCGGCUGGAAAAGAGUAACGCCAUUCUAGAUGAUGCACUCAAAGUGGCACAAGAACAAAAAGAGAUGAUUCACAGCGAACAGGAUAAAAUACAAAAUUUACAAGCACAAGAAAUUAGCAAACUCAAGAGCUUACUACAUUUUCGGGAACAAGAAGCGAUUGAUCGACUGUCGACAAUAAAACGAAAGGAUAAUCAGUUGGAGCAGCUGCAAAUGGAAAAUGUCCGUUUGCGUGAACUUGAAGCGAAUUUCGAAAAUAUUCAGGAUGAACUGGAGAAAUUGCGUCAUUCGGCACAAAUGGAAAAGAACAGUUUAACGGCCACGUUGGCAUCGAUGGAAGAGCACAAUCGGCAUUUGACCAGCAAAUUACAGAUAUACGAAGAGGGUCGCAUCAAUUUCACAAUGAACCAAAGUAAUGACGAAAAGAUGCAGAUUUUGUUGCGUGAACGUCGCAUGUUGGAGCAACGUUUAGAAGAGGCACAUCUCCAUUUGUCGGACAUAAAAAGUACAUGGAGUGCACAGAAUAUGGCCUUGGAGACACAAGUCGACCGUUUAUCCCGGCAAGUGGCCGCCGAAACUACCGAAAAACGAAAAGCCCUCACCGCACAUGAUCAACUGGCCGAAAAGUGCAAACAGCUGGCAUUCCAACUCGAAAAAUCCUACGUCGAUAUUGAACAACGCGAUCAAAAGAUAAAGUUAAUGAGCGAAGAAAUUGACGAUUUAAGCUCAACUUAUCAAGAUUUUAAAGACCAAAACGAAGAGGAAGUGACAUUCUUGCGAAACAAAGUUAACAAGAAUACGAAUGAAAUUGAUGAACUGAAACAGUCUCUGGAAACAACCAUGGAUCGACUGAACACGCAAUCCGAUGAAACCGACCAACUCACCCGAUCCCUAAAUGGACGCGUCGAAGCUCUUCAAACUGAUCUGUAUUCCAUACAAACCGAAUUGGAGAAAGAGAAAAAGGAGAAGAAUACCAUUGUAUUGAAAAAUGCUGAGAUUUCACAGAAUGAAGAGCGAUUGAAGCAACAACUGCGAAAUGAAUCACACGAAAUGAAUGAAAUGUGUGACACGGUCCAAAAAUUGACGGACGAGCGAAACGAGUUAGAAGCACGUCUCAACGAAUAUCAUCAGCAACUCGAAAGCGUUGAAGAUUUGAGAAAUGAGAUCAGUGACAAAAAUAAGGCAAUCAAAAUACUGAACCAGCGACUGUCCGAUAUGAAGAAGACACUUCAAAAUGAGCUGAAAUCAAGUUCAAAUGAAAAGGUUGGCGCGAUUGUGGCAAACAAUUCAAAUGCGCCAACGACCAAUGGGAAUAUCGUCGGCGAUAGUACAGCCGAAACAGAUCAACUUGUAAACAAUAAUUCGAAGAAGGCGUUGGCCGUUGUCAUGGACGAUGUCAACUUUGCAUACUUGAAACAUGUGAUACUGAAAUUUUUGACUAGUCGAGAGGUCGAAGCUCGACACCUAAUAAAAGCGAUUGGAACACUUUUGCAUCUGAACCACGAAGAAGAGCAAUUACUGCACGAAACGUUGAAUUUUAAAGUGGGCUGGUUCGGAUCGCGAACGGUUGAUGUGACCACAAGAAAUCGACAUCAUAAACUCUUGUCCGUUCCAUCGCCAUCAUUACGCAGCUAGUAAUAAAAACGCUUAAGUCGAAACCAUUGAAUCAAAUCGAUGUGCAAAUACACGAACAUUCCGAAUAAAUUAUUUCAUUUUCACAGUUUAACAAAA